AGUCGGCAUCCUCCUCGUCCAAUGGCAGGACUCGGGGAUGAUGUCAUGCGGUGGGACUGGUGGUGGUGCUGAUGCUGGGUAGCUCUGUAUCCGAGCAGCAAGAGACAGAGAACGAGAGCAAAAGCAAGGAGCUGAGGACUGUCACCUAGGAGGGGGUCCAAUCUUGCAGCUCUUCCUGACGUCAGAUGUUUAGUGAGAGUGCCAGAAUGACCCUUGCAGCCUACAGAGAGAAGAUGAAGGAGCUUCCCCUGGUCUCCAUCCUGUGCUCCUGUCUGCGUCCCGACGUCCUGGAUAAACCCUCAUAUAAAGCUGAAGAUGCUGUGGACCUCAGCUGGUGUGUAAUCAAAGAUGUGGAGGUCAUCGAGCUAAACAAGCGGGCGUCCGGACAGGCCUUCGAAGUCAUCCUCAAGCCCCCGUCCUUCGACGGUGUGCCAGAGUUUAAUACCUCCAUGCCCCACCGCCGGGACCCAUCUCUGGAGGAGAUCCAGAAGAAGCUGGAGGCAGCAGAGGAGAGACGAAAGUGUCAGGAGGCAGAACUGCUGAAGCACCUAGCGGAAAAGAGGGAGCAUGAACGUGAGGUGAUCCAAAAAGCCAUUGAGGAGAACAACAACUUCAUCAAGAUGGCCAAGGAAAAGCUGGAGCAAAAGAUGGAGGCCAACAAGGAGAAUCGGGAGGCCCUUCUGGCAGCUAUGCUGGAACGUCUGCAAGAAAAGGACAAGCAUGCGGAGGAGGUGAGGAAAAACAAGGAGCUGAAGGAGGAAGCCUGCCGGUAGACGGUGGAUGAGACAGACCUUUUUUCCGCUAGCUCAGGAAAGGGAAAGAUGAAGAAAAUGAAAGACUGACAUGAAACAAAAAAUAAAUAAAAGAAUAACCCCAGGAGUUAGCAGGAUAUGGUUUCUUUGAAAAAGUUUCAAAUAUACUCUUGAGCAAUUCAUGGUGAUAACAAAACACUGUCCUGGAAGCUCCCGUCUGGAUGGCAAUGCAAGGUGCACUGUGGGGGGGGGGGUUGUCAAGACGGUUUCCACCGCAGCUGAAGGGUGAAUUUCUAGGUUGCGCUCGUGAUUUUGGUUUCUCAGUGUGAUCAUGACGCGGACUGAGAGAGGUGACCUAGCAUCCAUUGCUGUUUACUAGCUGACUUUGAAAGCAGCAUUUUCCAGCACAUAUUUCUUAAUCUCUUCAGUCAUUAUGCACUCUCACGCCCCCUGCCAGGUAAUGGCCAGUGUGAUGUAGUUUAAUUCUGCACACUGUACCCUAAUGUAGCUGAUUAUCCAUUCAUAACUGCAGCCAGUUAAUGAAACAAACUUGUGUUAACUAUGAUAAACCAUGUUGAUUACAAUGCAGCCUUUAAGAUGUGUAAUAGUCAAUAUAACACAUUCAGACUGGCAUAAAUUUUAGAAAGCUAUAUUGAUCAGUAUAACCUCAGUCCAAUGUAACAUUCUCAAGCAGGCGUCAAAUUUUUUCAGCUAUGUGACUUUAUUUGCACACCUAUGUAAAUAGAAAAGGCUAUAAUUAAAAAAAAAAAAAACAAAGAAUAUGUAGAGUUAGUCAAACUAAAUAGGACUGUGACUAUAGACUGCUCAUUGAUUCUCCAGAGCCUGAUAGGUAUGUCAUGUUUGUAAAGAGAAUACUGCAUGACUCUGUAAUUGGUGUGAGGUAGACAGAGUAGGUAGGUACAGUACGGGGCUCAGGUUAAUUAGGAUGUUUCGGGCACAACUGAAAAGCACAGAGCCAUUAACACACUGACAAAGCUAGGACCAGUUGGAAAGGCUCGACCCACUGUUAACUGGUAUGGUUAACUGGUUAUGGUCAGCCGGUAUGGUUAAGCAGACAGACUAUCCAGCCUCUAUGACAAUCCGCAGUGCACUUUGUUUUGGCAUGUUGUCGUCCCUUCCGUUUGUCUUCUGUGAUUGAUGGAUGUUUCCCAGAAAUGAUGAAAGGAGGGAAUGCUGGUACUGUACUUUGAAAUAAAAAAACAAAUGAUUGUGACAAUACUUUCUGGGAAAUCAUGGAACCUCUGCUUACUACUUGUGUGUGUAAUGUUUGAGGCUAAACUGUUUCUCUUUGGCAUGGUCAGUAAACGCUUUUCUUGACAAUU